CAAAAUGGAAAAGUUGUCCUUGGGAAGAUUCCAAAGGGGUCAGCGCGAAGAACGCCCAUACCAGAGAGGAGUCCCCAGGUUCCGGAGCAGUGACCUCCCUCCCCAAAGGGCGGAGUUCCCGGUCCAUCUACCCUCCUUUUAUUCUCCAUCCUGGCAGGCAGGCAGUUUGGUCUUCAGCCUCCGCACCCCUUAAUCUACAAGAUAGCCUUCGAGGAAAAGACACCAGACCUCGGACGUCUCUCUCCAUGAGUCCCCGAGGCCGCGGGAUCCCGUAGGCUCCCCGUGGCCCCGAGUUAUAGUCGGGACACCUCGGUCUCGGGUGAUUGUCGGGUCUCCACGGGCCCAGGUCGCUGGGGCAAAUCAAGCCUCCGCGCCUUCUCUGGGCGCCCCGCAAGGCCGCAGGCAAGAUGAACAUUCUGGCGCCGGUGCGGAGGGAUCGCGUCCUGGCGGAGCUGCCCCAGUGCCUGAGGAAGGAGGCCGCUUUGCACGUGCACAAAGACUUCCACCCCCGCGUCACCUGCGCCUGCCAGGAGCACCGGACAGGCACCGUGGGCAGAUUUAAGAUCUCCAAGGUCAUUGUGGUGGGGGACCUGUCGGUGGGGAAGACUUGUCUCAUUAAUAGGUUCUGCAAAAACACCUUUGAUAAGAAUUACAAGGCCACCAUUGGAGUGGACUUUGAGAUGGAACGAUUUGAGGUGUUGGGCGUCCCCUUCAGUCUGCAGCUCUGGGAUACCGCUGGACAGGAGAGGUUCAAAUGCAUUGCCUCAACGUACUACCGAGGAGCUCAAGCCAUCAUCAUUGUCUUCAACCUGAAUGAUGUGGCCUCCCUGGAACAUACCAAGCAAUGGCUAGCUGAUGCACUCAAGGAGAAUGACCCUUCCGGCGUGCUUCUCUUCCUCGUGGGUUCUAAGAAGGACUUGAGUACUCCCGCUCAGUACGUGCUAAUGGAGAGAGAUGCACUCAAAAUGGCCCAAGAGAUGAAGGCUGAGUACUGGGCAGUCUCAUCUCUCACUGGUGAAAAUGUCCGGGAAUUCUUUUUCCGGGUGGCGGCGCUGACCUUUGAGGCCAACGUGCUAGCUGAGCUGGAGAAAUCAGGGGCCCGGCGCAUUGGGGAUGUUGUCCGCAUCAACAGUGACGACAACAACCUCUACCUAACUGCUAGCAAAAAGAAGCCCACCUGUUGCCCAUGAGGGGUGAGGGACUGUCCAGAGACUGCCCAACCCUGGGACACUGUGCCACCUUGACUCCCCCAAGAGCUCUUCCCCUGGACAUUUGCACUGACUGUUUUUCCAGACCAAAGAACUGCCCCUUGGUGGCAGUACCCCCAGAGGACCAUGCUAGUCACUUCUUGCCCCUAGGCACCAUGCCAAAGACUGGAUGCCCCCCUCCUCCAGGUGCCCCGUGGUGGGGAAGUGGUCCCGGCUGCUUUUGCUCAGCUUGCUGGGCCCUUAGGUAUGACGAUGCUUAAUGAUCCCAGCCUCACACUGUGCCUUAUGCAUUAAAAUCUCUAUUGUUAGCAGUU